UACGUUUUGUUUACAUUCUUUAGAGCCGGUGACCAUGAAUAAAUUUAAUAAUUUGCUAAAGUAAGAGGAGAUCUCGAAAUGACUUUGGAUUGAUUUGCCAUGCAGCCAAAAAUGAAACCAAAAUUGCACAAAAGCGAGCUGUUUCUAUACUUCGGAGUUUACAUAGUCUACAUAGUGUAUGAGCUGUGGGUGUUGGUGAAAGCUAGACAUAAAAUUCUGGCAAUUGCCCAAUAUGAAUUUCCACAGGGCUGGUCCUUCCUCAGGUCGCGCAAAGAUGACACAAAUGAUGAGCUGUAUGCCUUCACCGAGUAUAUUCAACAGAAUUGGUAUUGGUAUCUAUUCCAUUUGGCUGUAGUUAACAUUGUGCGUAGAUAUAGACCCCAAUGGCCGCAAAGCCUGACCAAUGCAUUUAUAUGCAUAGCUAUAUUGAUGCUUACCAUGUCUCUAACCUCAAUGGGUCUGAUAAGCAGCCUUAUUGCGUCCUAUUUCUUUGUGGCCAAAUUGCAAUCAAAGAUAUUUGUAUGGCUUUUAUCUAUAGCUUGGAUGGUUGUUAUGAUUUUUAUGAAAUCCAACAAAAGACUUCAAGAGUCCAUGGGAUAUAUGGAGUUUCAUCAUGUUAUGGUGUCCUUAUGCUGGUGCAUUCUCAGAGGUUGCAGUUAUAGCUUACAAAUGGCCAAGUCAUAUAAAAGCGGAGAGCAAAAUGCAGAGACGAAGUAUGCUUUAACCCACUACCUAGGCUAUAGUUUAUACUUUCCCUGUUUCACUCUGGGUCCCUUUAUGGGCUAUCAUCGUUACAUAGAUCCAUUGGUGGAUUAUAAAGAAGCAGAUAUAUGCGUUGCCAAAGGCAAUUUCAAAUUAUUUGCAUGGCAUAUAGCGAGAGUGGGCUUUUGGUGGUUGGUCCUGGAAAUAGCUCUGCAUUACGUCUACGUUCACUACAUGGCUUUGGAUAUUGAAGCUGUAAAAGUUUUGGAUACCAAAUUUGGUUUAUAUGCUGUGGGCUAUUUUAUGGGGCAGUUCUUUUUCAUGCAUUACAUCAUAGUCUAUGGUUUGGGCAUAGCCUUUGCUCAAUACGAUGGCCUAAACCCACCACGCAAGCCCCGAUGCAUAGGCCUAGUGCACAACUACUCGGAUAUGUGGAAAUAUUUUGACGAGGGCCUUUACGAAUUCCUAUUUACGCACAUUUAUGCCGAACUAUGUAACAAGGAUUCUUCUGCACUGCGAAAAAUUUUGUCGACUGCUGCCACCUUUUCUUUUGUGUUCCUAUGGCACGGUCAUUAUUGGUAUGUUUUCGUAUGGAGCGUUUUGAAUUUUUGUUGCUUAGUUCUGGAGAAGAUUGUGAAGACGCUGACUUUAUCUUCCACGUACAAUGACAUCAUGCGACACAAAGUGGGAUUAAGUGAGGGUGGAAUACAGCGCCUCAAUGCCUUUCUGGGCUCACAAAUAUUCAUACCUGCCGCAUUUUCCAAUUGUUAUUUCAUAAGCGGACUGGAUGUUGGAAACUAUUUAAUGGGCGAGGCAUACCUGGGAGGCUGGUGGAAUUAUUUGACUUUAACCUUUUGUACUUAUUGCUUCUUCCAAUGUUGUGAGAUUAUAAUGCACAAAAGAUAUACACAAUGACUUUCUAGUAUAUAAUCAAGUAUUCUUUUUGUUAAUGUUGAAAAUAAAUUGUAACUAAAGUAUUUUUUUACUCGACAUUUUUGUAAA